UCGUGCUUUCUCAGCGGCACAGUGUGAGCAGGUAAAUCUUUGUGGUUGAACCCCCACCGCUGAGUCCAGUAUGAGGCCCGCGGGACUGACGGGGUCCGGCCGGGAGGAGCAGUGAGGAGCGGAGAGGCCAGCUGGGAGGCCCGCUGGGAGGCCUGGAGCGCCGGCAGGAGUCAGGCUGAAGGACCAACCAUGUGGGAAAACAUGCUUCUGCUACUGAUCUACGCGGUGGAAGCUGCAGUGGCAUCUCAGUGCUGGCAGGGGGCGACCUUCUCCGAGGCUGUGGUGUCUCCCGUGGUCGAGAGCAGCGGUAUUCUGCGGGUGCCCGGCGUGGCGUCCCUGCCGCAGUGUGUGGCGGCGUGCUGCGACCUGCCCGGCUACGACCUGGCGUGGCUGUUCGAGGGCCGCUGCUACGUGCUGAGCUGCCAGCAGAGGGAGAACUGCCAGCCCCGGCAGACGCCUGGUGCUGACUCGCUUCUCGCCUUCCUGCGGCGUCCGUCCCCGCAGACGCUGGUGCUUCAGUCCCUGGUGAGGGGGGAGCCGUACGGCGGACGCUGGAGGCCCCUCUCACGCUCGUCCGAGGCGCCCGGCAACUUGGAGGCUCUGAAGGAUCUCUCCCUGUUUAACGCACCACAUCGGGGCUUCCCGGACCCUGGGAUGCUGGAUGUCGAGUACUCAGAGGGCAGCCAGGAGGAGAGGGGCGGAGCCAGCCCAGAACGGGAGACUAAUCAGCCGCCUUUGAAGGGGGGGGGCAGCUUCAAUCAAUCGGAGGCUGAGGACGGUCCAGAGAGGAGGCCAACAGAGAGCAGCGUGGCCCCGAACGUGAGCCGGGGAGAGGAGGGUGGUGCCGGGAGACAGACGGAGGUGGCGCCACAGAAAUCGACGGAGAGCAGCUCCACCUCUCCACCCCUGAGACCUGAGACCAGCUCUGCUCCAGCCCACACCUUCAGCAGCAACACAGCAAACCCAGCUCCACCCCUGCUGGUGUAUCUUGGAAACCCCGUAGAAGCGAUCACGGUGAAACCCGCCGCUCCAGCUGCUCCUGAACCCACCAGCAGACCCACGUCAGACGCUGUGAAGGUGCUUCAGUCUGUAGCCGGAACUCCACCUUCCACCACCCACCCGACUGUGACCUCUGACCUCACCACCUCCACCUUGUCAGCAGCCACCACGACGACGGCGGCGACUGAGUCAGCAGCUUCAGCGUCGGUGUCACACGUUGGAGGGUCAAACCGUGGUCCAGUGGCUGUCGUGGGCCCCGACAGGAGCCUGUCUCUCCCGGUGAGCAGCUUGUUGCUCAACGGCAGCGGCAGCAGUGACGACCGCGGCAUCGUCAGCUACCGCUGGGAGGCGGUCAGCGGGCCUCCCGGGCUGAGGCUGGAUGACGCGGAUCAUUCUGUCGCCACAGCCUCAGGGGUUCGGGCGGGGCGCUACACCUUCAGACUGACUGUCUCUGACCAGGAGGGGGCGACAGACAGUGCCUCGCUCACCGUCCGAGUCCUGGAAGCCAGUAGUCUUCUUCCGGUCGCCCACGCCAGCGGCAGCCACUCGCUCACUCUGCCCAACAACUCUCUGGUCCUCAGAGGCUCGGUGACCAACGCCGAUCAGACCGCAGUCCACUUCCUGUGGACCCGAGACAGCCAGAGUCCUGCUGCCGGGGACGUCCUGUACGGCUCCGAUACUCAGCCCUCGCUCUACCUCGCUAACCUGGUCGAAGGCACCUACCUGUUCCAGCUGAAGGUGACCAACGCGCAGGGGCGCUCCGGCUCCGCCACGGCCACCGUGGAGGUGCGACCAGAGCCCGGCGGCGGCGAGCAGGUGGAGCUGGAGAUGCUGGUGUCGGUGUCUCAGGUGAGCGUGGCUCAGAGGGACACGGUGGUCCGACAGCUCGCCGCUCUGAUCCCUGUCCUCGACAGCGACGUCCAGGUGCGAGCGCUGCAGGGACACUCCCACAUCAGCACCGUGUUGCGGUUCUCCGUGCGCGGCGCCUCGGGACCCCUCUCCGCCUCCCGAUUGGUCGGCGUGCUGCGCAGCCAGCUGCUCUUCGAGAAGAGCGACUACCUGCUGUUCAGAGUCCUGAGGGUGGACACCGUCUUGUGUCUGCUCAGCUGUUCCGGGCGUGGUCAGUGCGAUCCAAUCACCAAGCAGUGCGCCUGCGACCCCUUCUGGACCGAGAACCUGAUUCGUCGUUACCUCGGCGACGGAGAGAGCAACUGUGAGUGGAGGGUCCUGUACGUCAUCCUGACCAGCUUCGUGCUCGUCGUCCUCAUCCUGUCGCUCGGCUGGGCGUUCAUCUGCUGCUGUAAGAGGAGACGACAGACCAAAGCGAGGAAGAAAACCAAAUACACCAUCCUGGACAACAUGGACGAGCAGGAGAGGGUGGAGCUCCGCCCCAAAUUCAGUAUCAAGCACCGCAGCACGGAGCACAACUCCAGCCUCAUGAUGUCCGAGUCGGAGCUGGACAGCGACCAGGACACCAUCUUCAGCCGCGACCGCCCGGUCCGCAGCAGGAACCGCAUCAGCGCCAUGGCCGCCCGCAACGGCGACGCCUUCGGAUGACGGGACGGCCGAUCUCUCGCAGACGUUGAAUGGUGCAUUCUGGGACAUGUAUGAGAGACCACAUUACCCAGAAUUCCAGAGAAUUCUAACGUGUCCCAUUUCAAAGGACGCGAGGAACUCUAGACCCGGAGGACGGACGCGCGUCUGCUCGGACAGAUAACAGGAAGAGCGAGAGGGCGGGACAUGUCAGGCAUCGCAUCACACCACUGCCAGGCGUCCGAUUCACAGCUGUGAGCUCGUUAGCUAACAGAGCGCUCGCUAGGAAACACGGCAGAGUCGUGGUUCAUCUGAGCCCGGCUCACAGACGCCGUCCGCCAGGUUCAACUUCAACGUUUGUUGGUUAACGAGAAGCAGCGUGUGAAUCAGACAGUUUUUAAAGUGAAACUGUGAUGAAGGUUGUGAGCCGACAUAAAAACACCAACACAGCUCGAAGUAUCACAAACUCGUCUUUAAUUUAGUCCCAAAUACAAAAUGUACACAUGAACUUUGACCACAUCCGCUAAAGUUACAGAGACAAACAUCCAGUUAUUAAACUGCUACAGAUUUCAUUAAAAUGCUAACGUUUCACAUGUAGCCGAGCCGAGUCGACAGGUUUGUACCCAUUCAUGUUUUCAUGGCUCCGUGCGGCGCCCGGCUGUCGCUCUGUCAGCUUCGUUUCCAAAGAAUCAGGCGUGUCGCGCAUCACGUACAUAAUUUCUUUAGGAAUGAAUAAAUUAUUCCGACUCAGGAGGAUUCAUGUGAGUGAAGCUUUAUGGACACUCGCUGCGUCGUGGGUGAAGCAGAAAAUUAGUUUAAAAAAAAAAUAAGUUUGAUCGCAUUUAUUCGUUAAUUUUCAGUGGUCCAAUGUGGCGGUUUGUUAGCCCCUCCCCUUCAGUUUACAAUCCCUUAACACUGAUAGCAAAACCAGCCAAUCACAGCAGAGCAGGGCAGAUUAAAAACACUGAUUAGCGCCUCCUACUGGUAUGAGUUUAGGCAGUUCAGCACCAGUCUGAGAGACGGGUUCAGAUAAGUUUAAACACCCGUGUGGCGAGCGACUGACCAACGCGCGUUUAUGGUUCGUGUGCUGCAGCGAGGCCGGUGCUCUGACGGCGAGGCUGAAAUACAUUGUAAAUGUUGAACUUUUGUGCUUUUCAUGUAACUUUGAUGUUUCAUGUUUAGUUUUGGUGGGCGGAACCAUCGUAAUAUGACAAGCAUAAGCAGCCAAUCAGAAAAGCUUUGCGCUGAUGCCGACUGUGUGAGCAUAAGGAGUAAAGAGAAGCGAGGAGCGACAGCUGAUUCAAAAUGUGAUUUACAAACAACGUUUUUGAUCCUGCAUGAAUUCAAACUUUAUUGAAGGAGUUAUCACGUGUUAAUAAAAGAAUCCGACCACC